CGCUCACCAGAGUACCUACUGUGCAGUCAUUAAAACUCUUCGCUCUAGCCAGUUCACUGAGCAUUCAGCCACGGGUUUCGCUCCGUGAUGUAACAACAUACCGCUAUAUUCCAACCAAAAAUAAGUCAACCUAACGAAAGUGAAAAACAAACCUUCUGUGCGUACGGAACCGGUGUAGUGUGUACUCUGGUAGAACCCACGUCGUCGUCAAAAAUUGUGUGUAUCGUGUGCCGUGGCAAUUUACAACCAUCAUCGAGAGAGGGCCACAUAAAUCUGGGCUUUUUUAAUCGCGAACGCGUCGUCGUACUUCGAAACCCUGAAAUCUCGUCGCAAAUCGACUGUGACCGUCUUCUGCAUCUCGGAACGUCGUCGUCGUCGAAUUCGUGUGUUGUGUGUUGACCUUCGUGUAUUCGGGUAGCCAACAUCAGGCAUCAAAACUAAAACACCACCGAUGGGGACCCGGUUGCAGCACCUUCGUUGGUUCAGAUCUCCUGGGGCAGUUUCGGUAGCGGCGGUGGUGGUGUUCUGCAUAGUAACCACCAGUACGCUCGUUGCCUCCCAAGGAAUUGAAGCGAUCCCGCCAAAAAUAUAUGCAAAGCUCCCUUCCAGUAACGUACCACUCCUUUGUCGUAGCAACAAACCCGCAACCAGCUGCAGUGUCAGAAUACCCGGCUACUCCAGUACCUACGACGUCCACGCGCUUCCCAAUGGAAUUGAAUACUACGGGGAUAGUUUACAGCGGGGCGAGUGUGGAAUCCUGUUCAGCUCGCUCAGGUCGACUAACUUGGGCAAGUUCCAGUGUAACAUGACCAUCGGCGGAGAGGUAUUUGAACAAUCGAUCGUUAUCGAAGCCGCCCUGAGUCCGGAACCAACGGAUCUGUCGAUCGGCGAGGACACCAUUGUCGAACAGGGAGCUUUUGCACCCAACCAAACCUUGAGGGUAACCUGCAGCUCCAGAAAUGCCAACCCCGCUUCCAAUCUGACGUGGCUCUUGGACGAUGAUCCCAUUGAUCCUUCCUAUCUUGGACCCGUGGAAACCAGCGAAAACGUAGACUCAAAAGGAAGAAAUCUGGUAUCUGUAUCGCAGCAGUUGAACUACUACAUCACCUUGAAAGACCACGGAAGGAAGAUCGUUUGUAGGGCGGAGCACUUUGCAAUACAGAAAGGUUUCUUCCGAGGAUUCCUGCCGUUGAACUUCCGCUUUAUUCCGGAACCAUCGCCGACAAUCAACAUCGGUGAGACUUUUAUCAACGUCACGAUCAAGGCCCAUCCACGUCCUGCCACGUCUUGGACGAUCAACGAUAUGACGAUCGCUGAAGGCCAAAGUCUGGGAGCGUACCAAGCCUACUACCCGAAAGAUUUGGGUUUCGGCAACUAUCUAGUCCUGCUGAGGAUCAACGACGACCAGGGAAACCGGACGGAUACCAUCACGAUGACCGCCAGCAACGAGCUGGGAACGCGGGAUUACGUGAUCAGAGCGCAGGAGAUCGAACCAACGGCACCCGGCCGGGGGAACCGAGUGUUCUUUCUGAUCAGCUUGUGGACCUACGUGUGCUCUGUGAUAGUGACUUGUGUGUUGAGAAGAAUGCCAUAAGCCGAACAGUUCCUUCACUGCGAAAGCCGAAAGAUGUUUAAUUGCUCCUUCCUGCACGGCGCGAAGAUCGGCUUUGCUCGUCGGUUGAGCUGAAGGGGCUCAACCCGCGAGCACAGCAGGGCUCAUUUCGUCGCAGGAGGAUUCAGUAUUAAUAUGAUAGUGUUUCCUACCCGAGAAUGAAGAAUGAUUUUUUUUUUUCGUUCGUCGAGAAGUUAUCUCGAAAUAUGUUAAGAACGGAACCAAAGUUAACUUUCUAUGUUGAACGUGAUCUCUAAGUAACGUGAUUUGAAGUUUAAUCGAGAGCGUCGAUCCAAUGAAUAGCGAGGAAAUUGAAUUGCAUUUAAAGCGCGGUGUUUAUCUGAAUUUUCCAGGUUCUGUUAAAUUUAAGAAUAAAAUAAUAGUUCGGGAAUUGGAAACACUACCAAAAAGAAUAACUUCAUCAACUAUAAGCGUGACCAGAAAUGUUACUUCAUCGUUUAUACAAUUUUCUUCAUCUUUUUUUUCUAGAAACAAGCAUAAGUGAACCCUAGUGUUAGAUAUUUAUUUAUUGAAAGUAGAAUUUAACAGUGUCGACAAAUCCGAGGCAGCCAAUAAAGAUUUCAUUUGCUUUCAAAUGAGGAAAGCAGCCGUACA